AUGGCUGGGUACAAGCCAAGGGUGAUUACCCUAUCCAAGAAACCAAAACAGACAUUUGGCUUCUAUCUGAGGGUGGAGAAUGGCGAGGAGGGUCACCUGAUCCGCUGCUUGGAAAUGGGAGGUCCAGCUGAGCUGGCUGGCAUGAAAGACGGAGACCGCAUCCUCCGGGUCAAUGGAACAUUUGUCGAUGAAUGUUCGCAUUCUGAAGUGGUGGACCUGGUGAAAAACAGUGGAACAUCUGUCACGUUUCACAUUCUCGAUGAAUCCUCCUACAAGCAAGCAAAAGCCCAGGGAGUAAACCUUUCCAACCCUGGAAGCAAGCCAGUUGCCAAUGGAGUGGAAAAACAUCGUCCAAAACCCAAACUCUGCUACUUGGUUAAGUCCAGCUCAAGCUUUGGGUUUUCUAUUCGCUCAGUUGAAGGUGAGCGUGGACUUUUCAUGACAGAAGUGACCCCAGGAGGCACAGCUGAAAGGGCAGGGGUCAGACUCAAUGACCGUCUGGUGGAGAUCAACGGGGAAAACGUAGAAAACAUCACACACGAAGGAGCAGUGGACAAAAUUAGACGGGCAGGCAGCCAUGUCAUGUUCCUACUGGUCGAUGAAGAAACAGACAAGUUCUAUCAGAAGACUCAUGCAAAGAUUGGCUCGUGGUUAGCCACAACAAAGUACCUCCCUCGAGAACCACGCAUCAUCAACAUAACCAAAGGAUCUGAUGGAUACGGCUUCACCCUUAGAGAGGAGCCCAAUCAAGCAGGACACUUCAUCAGGGACAUAGAGAGAGGCAGUUCAGCAGAAAAAGCGCGCCUGAAGGAAAUGGACAGGCUGGUGGCUGUGGAUGGCAGAGAUGUGGAGAGCUGCCGCCAUGAGGAGGUGGUAGACAGGAUCAAGCAGAGUGGCAACAAAUGUUGUCUCCUAGUAGUGGACAAAGACACGGACCAAGUGUAUAAGCUGGGGAAAGUUUCUCCUCUGCUUUUCUUGGAGGAGAUGAAUGAUUCCAACUCACCUCCCAGUUACACAGAAGCUGUUAACUUACCCAUUCCUACACGAUCAAGCACGCCUGUUCCAGAGAGGAAAGAGGAACUCAGGCCUAAACUGUGUAAACUGGAGAAGACCUCAGAUGGCUUUGGCUUUCAUCUAAAUAGCAUCCAGGGAGUGUGCGGCCAUUACCUCCAAAAUGUGGUGAAGGGUGGAGUAGCUGACAAGGUAGGCAUGGAGGAUGAUGACAUUGUGGUUGAGGUGAACGGGGUGAAUGUGGAGCAGAGCCAUCAUGAUGAUGUGGUGAAGAUUAUCCAAGGCAGUGGGAAUUAUCUGGAGAUGUUGGUGGCUAAAAGGAGCGUCUAUGAUAAGCUCAAAGCUCAAGGAGUGCCUAUCACACGCCAGCUCCUCGGGGAAACAUCUUACGCUCAAGUCCACAGUGCAAAAACUCCAGAAGCCAGCAAGAGGGAGAGACUGGACGAAGAGGAGGAAGCAAGGCCUACAACCCCGACUGAACCAGAAAGACAGAGGAACUCAUCUGUGUCAUCAUCUUCGUCUGCAGAAAGCGUUGAUGAGAGAUUGUGAGGAGCGACUUGAAGGACCCCUCUCCUGAUUUGGCCUAAUUUGAUGUUGAUCUGUUUCUUUUUCUUCUGUUUAUUUUAAC